CUUUGUUGAAAUAAUAUGUAUUGUCUGCUCUAUUCCUGUUUCUGUAAUGUUAAACUAAAAUGUAGCAACAUCAACAUUACAUUUUGAAAAGCUGACCGGAUAUUUGCUCCACAACUAGCUUCAUUUGCUUAGAAAACGGUGUUUUUAAAAGGAAACCAAGGUUGUUGGUGUCUGCUGUGGGCAAAGCAGGUGGAAGGUCGUAGGUUGCUGGGUCCUGUGGAUCAGAGGAGCGGUGCCAUUUCCCUCUCUUUCCUCUUACGCCCCCCUUCCCCGUGUGUGUUUCCCUGUGUACUAGUGACCCUGCUCCCCUACCCACCUCCUACCUGAUCCCUCCUGCUGUGUUGCCAAUCAAGCCCGACGCUCCCCUCCCACCCCAUGCUUGGAACAAAGCCAGCGCACUGCCAGCCCAAUGACUGCCUGGAUCGUCCUGCCUGUCAGCCUGUCUGCCUUCUCCAUCACAGGGAUAUGGAUAGUGUACGCCAUGGCCGUGAUGAAUCACCACGUCUGUCCCGUGGAGAACUGGUCCUACAACGUAACCUGCACAGAGGAGCUGCCCCGGCCCGGCUUCCCCAAGACCUGCUGCACCAUCCAGGACAUCCCCCUCAUCAGUAAAUGUGGCUCCUUCCCUCCUGAGAGCUGCCUGUUCAGCCUGAUCGGCAACGUGGGAGCCUUCAUGGUGGUCAUGGUGUGCUUCCUGCGCUACGCCCAGGUGAUCGAGCACAGCCACCACUGCUGGGUCAACACCAGCGCGCUGGUGUCCGGCUGCACCAACGCCGUGGGCCUGGUCAUGGUGGGCAACUUCCAGGUGGAUCACGCCAAAUCCCUUCACUACGUGGGGGCCGGCGUGGCGUUCCCCGCCGGGCUGCUGUUUGUGUGCCUGCAGUGUGUGCUGACCUACCGAGUGGCCGUCACCACCCUGGACUACUGGAUGGCCCACUUCCGGGUGGCCCUGGCCCUGGGGGCCAUGAUCUCCCUGGUGUUCAGCGGCAUCUUCUUCAUCCACGAGAGCUUCGUGCUGCAGCACGCCGCCGCCAUCUGCGAGUGGGUGUUCACCGUGGACAUCCUGGUCUUCUACGGCACCUUCACCUACGAGUUCGGCACCGUGUCCCGCGACACCAUGAUGGCGGGCCUGCAGCAGGGCGAGCACGCCUCGGGGGUCAUCAUGGGCCCCGGCUCGCGGGGCUCCACGCUGGGCGGGGCCUCCAAGGGCCUGAAGUCCCCGGGGGGGAGCAGCACCUCCACACAUCUCAACUGCACCCCAGAGAGCAUAGCCAUGCUGUAGCUGCGCCCGGGGGGGGCUCCUCUGUCUUUUAACUUUUGAACCGACCAUUGGUAACGUUACCUUUUCUUUCUCCGCCUGUGGUUAAGCAGGCGGCUUCAGUCCCGGUUUGGGGGGGUUUUAGGAGGAGGGCUGAAUGUAGGGAGCCAGCCUGAGCUCUGGAGCCAUGAAUGUUCUGUCCGGGUAGUUCUGCAUGAACCAGAGA